AUGCCGGCGCUACGCAGUACCAUUGACCGCCUCGACAAGCCGAGUUCGUAUGCGACAGCAAAGAAGCGCAGACGCGACCGCAAUGGACGUGACGAUGACCGCGGCCGCUCUCCCUCACCCGAAGACAAGCUCAAAGACGCAACCACCCUCUACGUCGGCAACCUUUCCUUCUACACCACCGAAGAGCAAAUCCACGAGCUGUUCAGCAAAUGCGGCGAGAUCAAGCGCUUAGUAAUGGGUCUCGACCGUUUCCAGAAGACACCAUGCGGAUUCUGCUUCGUCGAAUACUACACACACCAGGAUGCGCUCGACUGCAUGAAGUACAUUGGUGGCACUAAGCUUGACGAGCGUGUCAUCAGGACAGAUCUGGACGAGGGUUUCGCUGAGGGAAGGCAGUACGGACGCGGAAAGAGUGGUGGCCAGGUGCGCGACGAGUACAGAGCCGAAUAUGAUCCCGGUAGGGGCGGAUACGGCAGAGCUGUGGACGAGUACCACGAAGCGCAGUAA